CCAAUACUGCAAAAACUGAUUUUACAAAAAAGGGUUGGGAAAGUGGGGGGAGGCGGGGGGGUGAGUCCCCUCAAUUUCCCCCCGUGGCUGCUCCGCGGAGGGCGGGGCUCCAUGGAUGCGUUUGACAGCUGCAAGCCAAAAAAAAUGUGCAGCGCAGAGGAGGACAGAGAAACCAUGCCGCUGCUCCAAGACAGCCGCGCUAUCAUGAGGAAUAUGAUAGAGUUGGACCCUCUGUAGUUUGCGUUUGCCCUCCUAAACCUGGGCGAACCGGACUUCAGAAAACAACAGUUUAAAGCUGACAUUUGGAUUUUUAUUAUCAUUAAUUUUAUUGAUUGAUUGUUAACAGCAGACUUUAUUUGGGUGGAGAUGCAGCGUGCGCUCUCCUUCCCAGCAACCGUUGAGCGCAGUCGGACCAAGGAGCGCCUGGAGGCCAGUCUGGCUGGGCUGUGUGAGCUGGAGCUGCGCAGACAGAGGCAGGAGCGUCUGGUGCUGGGAGCACUGGCUCUGGGUGAGUCUCUGGCCCAGGAUGGCUCCAGAGGAGAACUGGAAUGCUUCAGCAGCUGGGGCCAGGAAAACCUGACGCUGAGGCGUCAGUUGAGUGCUCUCCAUAGUUCUCCAUGGGGCCUUAUGCAGGCGUUGGAGCAGCAGGUGGGAGAUAUGAAGAUUGACAUCGAUGACGGCUGCUGUGAGGGAGCUCAAGGAGAAACCGGUGACAGUCGGCCGAGUUCUGGUAACUCCUGCUGUUUAAAAGGUUUCUAUGAUUCAAGUGAGGGUCAAUCACCAAAAGGAAAAUCUACCACAGCUGAGCCCAAUGAGCCUGUCCAUUGCGGGACUUACAACAAUGACAGGCCGAAGUCUAUAGGAGACAGCUUCCUGCUGAAUGGGGAGUUCGAUGUAUCAGUGGUUCGGCCCAGCCUUCCUCGCUCUUUUUCUGCACCUCACCCACCACUGGAGGGCAUUGCAGAGGAGGGGUCAGUUAUGGAUUCUUGGCAGUGGGACCCCAGCAUCGUCAGUCACUCCUGGCAGCAGCAGCAGCAGCCCACAGAGGAUCAGAUCUUGGAGGAAGACUACCAACAGGCAUUCAGAGUGGAGGGUUACAUCCUGAGUCUCAUCCAGCGAUACGCUCUCCUACCCCGGCCAUGUCAGCCUCGCACUACUCUAACCCCUGACCCCCCAUACUGUGGGGCCUCCACACACAGCUCCCAACACAGGAGAACUCCCUCUCUAACCACAGAGCAACGCCUUCCUGACCCCCAUCCUCAGUCCCAUGUUGACCUAUCGGCAAACCUUAAGAGACAGGAAUGGGGUUGUGACCUGCCAGAGGGGGAGGCCCGCAGGGCAGAGGCCCCAUCUUUUGAGGAAGGUUGUUAUUUGCCUCUCUCCUACCCCCAGUCCAGACCAAACCCCUUGACAGGGAGACUACCAUCACCUCUGCCCUCUUUAGAGCCAAACUGUGGUUUAGGAAAUCUUGACCUUUGCUGUGAACCUCCAUCCCCCCAACAUUAUUUACAUCCUAAGCCUCCUGUUUAUCAAGUACACAAUUUAGUCAGUGCUCAAUAUAUUCCAGGACAGGCUUGUCAUGCUCCUGUACGGUCCCCGAGACACUAUAAGCCUGAACAAUCAAAGGCCAGCCGAGCGACCGCCUCUCCUGACCACCCCAAUUCAAAGUCCAAAGCUCCUAAAAAAAGUCACAAUGAUCGACAGAAAUCCAAGAAAGCAAAUAACAAAACCAACCGAUCCCAGUCUGAAAACAGCCUCCCAGGACAGAGAGUGGUUCCUGAAAAGAGAUACAACACCGCAGAAAGACGCCCAGGUCGAACCAAUCCUCCCCAAAACCAAAUCCAAAUCACCCCAGCCCAGGUGGCCAAUAAGGGUCACAGUGGAAAUCGACGGUGGUGUUCCAACCUGGAGCUCAGCCAAGAUGAGGGUGAGAUCCAAAAUGCAGCGCAGGCACAUAAACGAUCUUCUCGAAAAGCUCGCAAUGGUCACUCUUGUUCCCAGUCCCAUUCCCACCAGCAGCCUGCUCAACGUUGGCGCCAGGACUCUCAGGCCCGAGUCCCCCUCUGUCAGAGCGAGGAGGGCUACGCAGGGGCUGUCCCUGUUGAGUCAGAGUCUAGCAUGAGUGAGGUGUACUCCCCGCCUUCCAGCUCACUUUCCAGUGAUUCAGAUGAGAGCGGAGGACUUGUGUGGCCCCAGCAGCUACCUCCCCGCCUUGCUUCUACAUCUUCCUCAUCAUCCGCAUCACCACAAGCUUCUGCCAGUGCUGCAACUCAGCCAAAAGCCUUUGUCAAAAUCAAAGCCUCCCAUGCUCUUAAAAAGAAGAUUCUCCGAUUCCGCACAGGGUCUCUUAAAGUAAUGACCACUGUUUGAGCCAAAUCCUGCUUUGAACAUAUACCAUGAAGGUAUUAAAAUAACUCUUUCUACCUUCUACUUGGUCACAAAUAUUAAACUAAAUACCAAAAAAAAAACUUACCUCGGCUGUACCCUUGAUGAGAUGCGUCAACCAUAAUGAUUAUUGCUAAAAAUCUAAUUUGACCUCCUUUCUGGUUGAAAUUACAGAGAACUUGACAACCAUUAGCUACUAGAUUAAUGGGCAUCCUUCUUUUCAUCCAGUUUGUGUUAUCCUGUGCUAACAGCCAUAAAAGCAAAUGGUAUUCAGACAUUGUUUUCAACCAUGCUUUAACAGAAUUAUUUUUUUAAAAUGAACUCAUGAAACAAGCCUAGACAAAAACAAUGUUACCCAUAGCUUAAUAUUUUGUUGCACAACCUUUUUAAGCUAUCACUUAAAUCUAAAGAUUCCUAAUACUGUUAAUGAGACUUCUGGACCUCUCAGUAUGUAUUUUGGUCCACUUCUCAUGAGCAAACUGCUCUACUUGUCAUAGGCUUGAAGGGUGCCUUUUUCCAGCCUUCAAAAGGUCAGGGCUCAUAGAAGGCCACUUCAGAAUAGUCUAGUGAUCUCCUCUUAGCCAUUCUUGUUUGCGACUGAGACCAAGCUAUCUGUCACCGGGCAGCACAUUUCUCUCUACAAUCCCGUGAUAGUGGGAGAUUUCGUUUUACGCUGGAGAGAUUCGAGACAACCAAUGCCAAGUGAAGAAAAUCAGCCCCUGAAUAUUACGGAGCCCCCUCCAUGUGUCACUGUAGGGGCAGUGUUCUAUUCAUGAUAUGUUUCUUUUUUUUUUUUUUUUUCUUCGUGAACAUGAGCUGAC